AUGGGAGAAAGAAAGUAUCUUGGUCCAGAUCUGGUCAGAAGGACAACUAAAGCAGUAGAGAAGAUAAGAAAAAGAAUGUUAACUGCUCAGAGUAGGCAAAAGAGUUACGCUGAUCGAAAGCGAAGAGAUGUGGAGUUCAACAUUGGGGACAAGGUGGGAAAGGUAGCCUAUAGACUGGCAUUACCGCCAUCAUUGUCAAAUGUCCACGAUGUUUUUCAUGUCUCAUUAUUGAGAAAAUACGUACCAGAUCCUUCACAUGUGCUAAACUACGAACCAAUAGAAGUUGAACAAGACCUAACAUAUGAAGAAAAACCAGUGAGAGUUCUUGACAGAAAAGAGAAAAAGUUGAGAAAUAAGAAGAUUUCACUGGUUAAGGUCUUGUGGAGAAGUUCAAACAUUGAGAAAAUGACAUGGGAAGGGGAAGAUGAAAUGAGAUCUAAAUACCCAAAGCUAUUUGGGUAA